AUGUUUGUAGCGGAAGUUGGUACAUGUUUUGGAAUCACGUCCAAUUCUUCUUUGGUUUGUAGUGGACAUGGUUCUUGUGAUUCUCUCAAUAAUUGUUCUUGUAAUAGUGAUUAUUAUGGUGAAAAAUGUGAUUUACCUUAUUGUUUCUCCUUAUUAUCUAACAACUCACUUGUUUGCAGUGGAUUAGGUGAAUGUACUUCUUUGGAUGUUUGUAAAUGCUCUCUUGGGUAUAACGGCUCCAAGUGUGAUGAAUACUCAUGUUAUUCAGAAUUGUUUAAUUCACCAAAUGUCUGUAGUUGUCAUGGAUCUUGUGUUUCUCCUGAUUCUUGCUUCUGUAGUGCUGGCUAUUUUGGACAAUAUUGCAACCUAUCAAUUUGUUAUGGUUCCAAGGAUCCAUCUAUUUGCAAUUAUGGAGUUUGUAUUGCUCCUGAUGUUUGUGAAUGUGUUCAAGGUUUUACUGGGACCACUUGCUCAAUUCCUAUUUGUUUUGGAAUUCCUUCUAAUGAAAGUACAGUCUGUAGUGGAAAUGGAAUUUGUAAAUCUCCUAACCAUUGUGAGUGUGGAAUUGGAUACUUUGACCAAAAUUGUGAAACUCAUUCAUGUUUUGGUGUAAGAUCAGAGUUGACAUCAGUUUGUAAUGGCCAAGGAAACUGUUCAGCACUUGAUAGAUGUGAUUGCCAAUUGGGAUACUCAAACCCUAAUUGUGAGCUUUUCUCAUGUUACUCAAUUCUUUCUAAUGAAACCUCAAAAAUGUGCAACGGUAAUGGUUAUUGCCAAAACAUUGACGAUUGUACUUGUAAUAAUGGGUAUAGUGGUACCCAUUGUCAAUAUCCUGUUUGCUUUAACUAA